GGUUAUUUCUAGCAAGGAGCCAGCGCUGUGGUCUGCGGUGGGUGGACGGACAGCCUGUCCCCGCCUGUUCCUCCAGCCCGUGCCAGAGCCAGCCAGGUCACCAUCCUGUCGCCAUGGGCUCGGGGCCACGCGGGGUACUGAGCCUGCUGCUGCUCCUGCUAGCCCAGCCGGGCUGCCCAACCCUGAACUGCCCCUCUCCAUGCCGAUGCGCCGGGACGCGCGUGGACUGCGGCCGGCUAGGGCUGACCUGGGCCUCGCUGCCAGCCGCCUUCCCGCUCGACACCACCGAGCUGGUGCUGGCAGGGAACAACCUGACCUCGCUGCCCCCAGGGCUGCUGGACUCGCUGCCCUGGCUCCGCACUGCCCACCUGGGUGCCAACCCCUGGCGCUGCGACUGUCACCUGUUGCCCCUGCGCGCCUGGCUGGCCGGCCGGCCGGAACGCGCGCCCUACCGCGACCUGCGCUGCGCCGAUCCCCCAGCGUUGCAGGGCCGCCUGCUGGCCUACCUGGCCGAGGAGGAGCUGCGGGCCGCCUGCACGCUCGGUGCUCUCUGCUGGACCGCGCUGGCGGCGCAGCUCGUGUUGCUAGGCCUCGGGAUGCUGCAUGCUCUCCUGCUGCUUCUGCUGCUCUGCCGCCUGCGGAGACUGCGGGCCCAGGCCCGAGCCCGGCGUCGCCUUUCGUUCACCCAGCCGCUGGUGGCCGAGCCGGCGGGGGACGGAGGGUCCUGAUGCUGCAGAGCACAACACUAGCAGCAUGGACCUGCCUGAGAACUCCACCGACUCCCCCCAGGGGCCCACACCCUCCCUGGACCUGGUCCCCGCUAUACACCACCAUCCCCAGGUCUCCUCUCCACGAACCCCGAGACUGCCCCAUUCGCGUGCUCCAGGUUGGCGGGGCCAGA